AUGCGGGAGUUGGAGAAGGAGGAAUUUGCGCAGACUCAUGAGAUAUGUCCCUUGAUGGAAUUAAAUGCCACAUUGAGGUGGAGUAGGCUUCUUUACGAUUGGUGCUACCAGCAUCAAGAGGAGCCAAUCAAGGGCUGUGACAGGGAUAUUCAGUAUCCCUUAGUACUAGACGCCCAGGACAUUGCACAUCACCCUGCGGUUCUAGCCAAGUACUGCAAGCUUAUAGGGCUCAACCCGGUCCAUCUCAAAUGGGAAUGGAACGUCCCGGAUCAGAAGAUACAGAAAGGGGUCGAGGACAGAAUUGGCCACAAAAGUCCUGAGGCUGUAAUGAAGUUCACACUUGACAAUUCAUCCCAUGUCUUGAAGGACAAGACCCCAGCUAUUGUUGACAUUGGGCUCGAACGGAAAGGUUGGGAUCGGGAAUUCGGUAUAAGCAUCGGCGAACAGAUGGAAAAGUGGGUGAGGGAGGCAAUGCCAGAUUAUACUUAUCUUAGAGCGAAAAGGUUACGAGUGCAAGAUGCGUAA